CAGUUUCCUAGAUCUUGGCCCGCCAAAGAAGGCAGCGAAGAGUAAAGACGAGGCAUCCGAAGCAUCUGAGCUGCGACUUUAUGCCCUUUGCUCUAAUCAUGAAGCUUCCGCGUCGCACCCUUCUGUCUUGAAUGCCGGCGAUGCAUGUGUUGGCUUGGGAUAUCAUCUUCCUCCUUCCGUCGGUCCGCCUGCAUGCUCCAAUCAGCAAUUCCUGAGCUAGCUCUUCGUCUGCGAAUGAUCGCCAGUACUGCUCUAGCUUGGAGUCAGCUGUGCGCGAUACGCCCUCUACUAGGCACCGGCAGUACUGUGUCUCUCUUUCUCUCAGCUGGAGCUAGGCAGCUCAAACCAGUUGCCCCCGCCCCUUUUCUCCCGCCUCUGAUUCUCGGGAGCCAGUUGGCAGCACCCGCGCUCACUUUUGUUCCCGCCGCAACAAUGGCCAACGUCUCGGCUCCCGCCCCGGCCCCGGACAUGGCCGCCGUGACCCCUGUCUCCUUUCUCAACAACGGCGACAACUCGUGGCAGCUGACGUCAGCGACGUUGGUCGGGCUCCAGACGAUGGUGGGCCUGGUGAUGAUGUACGGCGGGGUGGUCAAAAAAAAGUGGGCGAUCAACUCCGCGUUCAUGGUCAUGUACGCGUAUUCUGCAGUGCUCCUCACGUGGUCCAUCUGCGGCUACCGCUUCUCCUUCGGGAAGUACAUGCUGCCCUUUUGGGGGCGUCCGGGGACAACUCUCGGGGGGGGCUUUGAGUCAGUCCAGGCAGAUCUGUACACUGCACAUGUCACCGCGGCCUACGGAAUGGCGACGAUGGUUUACUUCCAGGGCGUCUUUGCGGCGAUCACGCUCGCGCUGAUUGCGGGGUCGCUACUGGGGAGGAUGAACUUCCUGGCGUGGAUGCUGUUUGUGCCCCUGUGGGUAGUGCUCUCGUACUCGGUCGGCGCGUUCUCUGUCUGGGGGGGCGGGUUCUUGUUCAAGUGGGGCGUGCUGGACUACUCGGGGGGGUAUGUCAUCCACGUGUCGUCUGGGACUGCGGGCUACGUCGCUGCAUUCUGGCUCGGCCCCCGUCUCCUGCGUGACCGCGAGCGCUUUCCCCCCAACAACAUCAUCUUCGUUCUUGCGGGCGCCGGCAUGCUUUGGCUCGGCUGGAACGGCUUCAACGGAGGAGAUCCGUACACUGCCAGCGUUGACGCCGGCAUCGCCGUCCUGAACACCAAUCUCGCCACCGCCGCCAGCAUGCUCGUGUGGACGUGCCUCGACUACGCCUUUUUCGGGAAGCCAUCCGUGAUCGGCGCCGUGCAGGGCAUCAUCACCGGCCUAGUUGUCAUCACACCAGGCGCCGGCUUCAUCCCCGGGUGGGCCGCGAUCGUGGAGGGCAUGUUCUCCGGCUCCGUCCCCUGGUUCACCAUGAUGGUGCUCGCGCGCAAAGUGCCCCUCCUGAAGCACAUCGACGACACGCUCGGCGUGGUGCACACGCACUGCGUUACCGGCAUCUUGGGGGGUUUCCUCACCGGGGUAUUUACGACGCGCGAUCUUGCGGCGUCGUUUCCGACGUAUCUGCCGUCGAAUGGGCUCAUCCAGGGCGGUAUUGGGCAGGUCGGCAAGCAGCUCGCGGGCGCGAUGUUCAUCGUCGGCUGGAACAUCGUGAUGACGUCACUCAUCAUGCUGUUCCUGAAGCUGGUCGUGCCCAUCCGGAUGUCGGACGAGCACCUGGAGAUCGGCGACGACGCGGCGCACGGGGAGGAGGCAUAUGCCCUCUGGGGAGAGGGCCUCACGUAUGACGAGUCCGUGCACGGGUGGUACGGAUACGACCGGACCACGCACGGCGAGCGGAAGAUCGGCGGAACGGAGCCGGGCACGCCCGGGGGGGUGGAGGACGGAAACGGAAAAGGGGCCAAGGCGAUGGUGUAGAUUGACACGCGUGCGGCGGUGGGAUGGGCGCUCAGGAGGGUAAGAGAUCGGAACGGAGUACGUGUUGGUGAGCAGGAGAGCAGAAGUGUGGGGACAGGAAAGGGUCUCGGGGAUGCGAUAGCUUAUUGAAAAGGGCGACCAAACGCGGGGCGGAAAUUGCCAGAUGUGUACGGCGUUUGAGUCGCCCAAAGACGGACCGUUGGCAGCGGAUCGCUUUACUACUGCGCCGUUGAGCCGACGUUGCGCAAGGAUUUAGACUGUUUUCUUACAUAUAUGGCGCGCGCGUGGAAGCGCCUGACGGAGCAUUGGAUCAGCUCGUAAGCAACUACUUGAAUGCGGUUUAGGAGUCGAUUGAAGCGUGUAGGAGUCCAAGUCAAAAGUUCACAGCCGCCGCGGUUUACGAGAUUUGUAUCUUAGCCCCCGCUGUGUACUAUCGCCAAUGCAAUUGUCGGCGGCUGCUCUAAAGUAGGAGAUAAACAGUACAACCUUUACUGUGGGUGGCACUGGCAGAUGUACUUCGCAAAACUGGGCUUGGGUCGCCCUUUCAUUUGGAUAGAAGCGGGGCCGGUUUUGCACAUGCAUCGGUC